AUGCUGCCGCCGCCGCCGCCGCCGCCGCCGUGGCGGGACCGACUCCUGCCGCUGCGCUCCUGCGCCCGCCGCCUGGCCCGGCCGCCACGCCCCUCGCCCCAGCGCGCCAAUCGGGGAGCAGUGCCGCGGCCGCCGGGCCAAUGCGGGGCCGGCUCCGCGCGGCGGGGGCGCGGGACUUCCUCCGCCCGCUUGUUUGGGCCGGGCGGCCCCGCCCCCUCGCCAGCACGUGGGCGCCCCGCCCUGCUCCGCGAAGGGGGCGUGGGCGGGGCCGGCGGCUCUCCCUGCGGGCGCCCCGGGCGCAUUCCCACGUGCGCCCGGCAGACGCGCGAGCCGCCCCGGGGCCCCGCCCGCCCGCUCUGCUGGGGGUCUGCGGAGGCGGAAGAGAAGCCAGGAGCCCAGGCGGCCGCCCUCCCUGCAGGUGGCCCCGGUGGCCUGGAGCCCAGUUGCCCUUUGGCCCCCGCUUGCUCCCCCUUGACCGUCGGACGGCCCGGCACAAAGAGCCCCUUCAUCGGGCAGCUGAAUAAGCCCAGAUCAAAAGGGCUGAACCGGAGGAGAUGGCGCCUGGAAAGCACUUAUUUGCGCAAGGCUGAGGGGCUGCAGCCGAGGAGGAAGGGAAGGCGCCACCCGGUGCAAGCCACGGACGGAGGGCCGCUGCCGUCUUGGGAGCAACUGCCUGGUGACCCCUGCUUGCAGAAGCAGCUCGCCCAAGGGCCGGUGGACGGUCCUGCACUCUGGCUCGGUCAGCUCCCCCCAGAAGGAUCCCAGUCGGCUGCCCCAAGAAGAGGCUCUGCCUGA